CCUUUGGACUCGGCUACGGCCGGUGUGCAACGGUCGUGGUGCUCGUGUCGUGCCAUCUCACUCACGGUGUGGUCCCAGCGCCAAUUUAAUAAUGAUUUGCACGAGAUAAAGUUAGUCUCUUUGUUCAUUCCACCGGAUUAACAGCUCAUCCUCUUCAGAAAUAAGUGGUGGUAGCACAAAUUCCUCGCGACCAUGGAUGAUGAGAAAGCAUCAGCCCGUGUGGUAGUGAAGAAUACUCGCGGUGCCGAGCCGCUGGACAUUGUCGACGAUUUUCAGCGACGCAAGCUUGUUCUGAACAAGCACUGGGUUCGCCCGAAAUUCCUUCAGUACAACUACAUGUACAACUAUCGACAGAACUACUAUGAUGACGUCAUAGAUUACCUGGACAGACGGGCUCGUGGAAUGCCGGGUGACAUCCCUCGUCCACAGUACUGGGCCGAACGCGUUUUGCGAACGGAGAGAAAAACGCCAAAAAGCAUUGAUGCAAUGUACAACUACACCAAUAUCGGUCUGAGGCGGGAUGACAAGAAGCUUAUGUACACUCUAAGUAAUCAAAUCAAGUCGUACAACUUCCACUCGAAGCGCUAUAUUAACAGCAAAUAUUCUAGAAUUUUGUAAAAGACAACUAAUUCUAUUUUCGAGUCACUUUGCAUAAAAGCGUAGAGUACUCAUUAACCGCUUUAAUUCGAACGCUUUCAAAACUACCAAAAGGCAGACCGAAGUAGGCGAGUCAAAUGUAAAAAUAUGCUUCUGAACGCAGCAACCGGCGCUCCUGAAACUGCCUGCAAAAAAAUAGCAAAAUGAAAAACCAUUUUCCCGCUAUUUAUCCCACACAACUGACGAUCCUUUCCCCAUUCCAGAGCAAAAACCCCAUCCCACAAAACAAGAAGAACUUUCAAACUAUGUUUUACUAAUGCUAAGAAGUUUUCAUUUUAAAAACACAUGAUGGAAUUAACAGAGAGACUACAACCAAACGAAAACAUGCAAACGACAUACUUUAAUAGGAAUAUCCUUUUUAGUUUCCCGAGCACAGGGGGCAAAACAACCUCGUUGUUUCAGUUUGUCCCAUUUUGGAAUGAUAACUCUAAAACUAAAGCCCCAUAGUUUUUUGCAUAUCUUAGACCUCAUAGAUUCGUAGAGUGAGACACUUCACCAGUUCCUUCGGGAAUUUAACAAUUUGCUUUGAUUUUUUACUUUUCAUAUAAAACCCUUUGUUUUUAAGCGCGCACUAUAACCUUAAAGAAAAGAUUUUUGAAGCAAUCUUUUCAGCUUAAACUCAUAUAAAAUAAUCGCUGAUUACAACACGUUUGAUUUUAACUUUACAUAUUUUAUCUCAGUAUAACCCGUUUGCCUUAAUACCAAUACUCAACCACUAUAGUGUUAUGCAAACCAAAUAAACAUGAAAAUGACGCUACUUUGUGAAACAUUUUUGUAGGUAGAAGACAACCAACAAGAGCUUACACCGUCUACCGGUUUUGGUGGUAGAGAAAAUGGUGAUCACCAUGUGCUUACCCAACAUCGUCUACAGAACAAACAGACUUCAACCAACAACUUUAACAACAUCAAUUUACCAGACUGUAGAAUUGCCAUUUUCCCACCCCAAAUGCAAGAAUGAAAGUCAACGUCAGAAAAUGACAAUGUCAACUUUUAACAUCCACAUAUUUAAAACAUGAAUGAUUGAACCAAAGCCAAUGAUCUUUAUAUUGCAGUUUACGUUUAAGGGACAACGUCCCACACCGUUAUGAUAUCUCCGCAACAUCUUUGUUUGUUUAAUUACCUUUUUUUAGUAAACCAAAGGAACUACUCUACCAGAUGAUAAAUAGGUUUACCCGUGAGCUACCUUACAUAUCUUUUUUAUAUUCACCUCCCAAGAGUUUAUAGUUUAUUUUAUUUGCGCAAGUUAUCUGAAGAAAAAAAUACAGAAACCGAUGAAGAGAGUAA